AUGCGGCUCCUGGCCGUGCUGGCCUGGGCGCUGCUGCCGGGCUGCGGCGCAGUGACGGGACCCGGCAUCGUGCGGGGAGUCCUGGGCGCUUCCCUGUCGGUCACCUGCACGUACGAGCCGGGCUUGGAGGAGCUGCCGAAAUUCUGGUGCAUACCUAGUGGUAUUUUUACCUGUAGUAAGGACAUCAUCAUCACGUCGAAGCCCGAGAUGCUGCAGGGCCGGUUUUCCAUCCGGGACAACCGCACACAGCGGGCGUUCACGGUGAUCGUGGAUGGUCUGUCGGAGAAGGAUGCAGGCACCUUCCACUGCGGGGUGAGAACGGGACCAUUAUCGCGUGAUAGAAGUGCUACUGUAAACGUGAUCGUGCUCUCAGCUUCUUCCACCCUCCCAUCGUCGACCUAUGUGACCACCACAUCCUCUGAUCUCAUUCUCUCUGUAACAGGCCGCACACAGACAAUUUCUCAGGGGGAAAUUUUGCAAUCAACAUUAAAUCCCUCCACCCCUCAACUCUUGAAUGUGGUUGAGCACAUCCUCACUCCAGCCAUCAUUGUGAUCCUUUCUUUGCUUGCAGUGGCUGCUGCUCUUCUAGUAAUACUCUCCAGGAAGAAGAAGGCCCUUUCUGGAGCAGCCAUAGAGAUGGACAGGACUUGCACCAUGUCACCUACAGGAGCAGAAGCCUGGAACUAUGCAGGCAUAAACCACAACACGGGCGUGGCUGAGAGCCAGCACAGCAGCGCUGAGGCUUUCCACCGCCCAGAAACGCCCCCGGUGGAGUACACAGAGGUCAGGCAGAGUGCUCAGCUUUCGGAGGAGGAAAGAGAGGCGUUAUAUGCCAGAGUGCAGAAGCCCAUGCCGCAGCAGGAGCGGAUCUAUGCCAACAUGUCAUCAGCUCUACGGCCCAGGGAAGAGCUCUGCAGCACAGUGUGAGGUGGAUGAGCAAGCAGCUGGCCCCAUGGACUGCUCCUGCUGCUGCAGCACCAGUGAGACUCGCACAGAGCACAUGGGGUUGAUGUUCUGCUCAGGCAGGAGCCAGCUUGAUAGCAGAGCUGCUGCUCUCCGAGGCUUGGAUGUUUCUUUGAGGCAACAUCAGAGAGGAUGAGGUUGUGUGGAGACACAGAGAGGGUUGAAGAUAAAGUCAUCCCUUUGCAAAUGCAA